AAGCCUGCUAUUUCACACAGCUCUCAGCUCCUCUGUACCAACCUACCAUUCUGAUCUGCUGCGCUGCUUUUUCCAAGCAGAAUGCUGUUACUUAUUUCAGUGCUCUUUGGCACGCAGGCGCUUUGCUCCUGGGCUGCCUCUCCUCCUGCCAGAGAGCUGCCAAGCGUGCUGCUCUCCCCCACCUGCCAUGACGCUGCAGUGGAGGAGGCUGCAGACCUGGCUCUUCGCCAGAUCAAUGCUGACCGAACAGAGGGCUACAUCCUCAGCCUCUACCGCAUUUUCAGUGUCAGAGAACAUCCUCAGGAGAUCACUGGUUCUGUCUUCUAUCUUAUCUUGGACGUAGUGGAUACUGAAUGCCACGUACUCAGCAAACAGUUGUGGAAGAACUGCACAGUCAGACCGGCUCAUACAACUGUUUAUGGUCAAUGCAAAGCAAUUAUCUACAUUAAUCAGUCAAGAAAAAUUGCUCAUCUGAAUACUUAUGAGUGCAAUUUGCAGCCAGUUCCACCCAGAUAUAUUUGGGGAGUAUGUCCUGACUGCCCAGUUGAUGACUGUCCAACUGAGCCCCGAUAUUUGGAGACUGCUGUUAAAAGCCUUGCCAAGUUCAAUGAAGAGAGUGAACAAACUCAUUAUUUUUCUGUCCUCAAUGUCACAAGAGGUUCAAUGCAGUGGGUCAUUGGUCCGGCGCAUUUUGUGGAGUUUUUAAUUCAGGAGACAUCCUGCUCCAAAAGGGACCCAGUUGCUGACAUCUCCAAGUGCAAGCCUCUUUCACCUGAAUUAGCUAAAAUAGGUUUCUGCAAAGGCUCUGUAGUAAACAGUGACAUGGAACACAAGCAGAGCGUCACAAUAUCCUGUGAAAUCUACAGCUCACAGGAUCCUGUCACUGGAGAAGGAAAACUACAAACUAAUCAGAGACCUGAAGAAUCCAGCCAGAAUCAUCAACAAGCUUUCUCCCUACACCUAGGAAAAACAACGGGCUGUGUCAAAAUUCUUCCUCCUUCAACUGAGGACAUCUCAUUUCAUAAACUAAGAGAAAGCCAAAAUGAGCAUGAAGAUAUAAAGUCAGUUUCAGCUAAGGCUAUAGAAUGUACGUCUACUCCACCAGCCCCUGAUGGAGAAACGACUCACGUAGACGAACCAGGCUUGACCAAACCAGUCACUGGACCAGUUAUCCUCCCUUUCCCUGCAGAACUUUCUCUAUCAGACUCAUGCCCAGGAGAAGCAAAGCAGACAGAUUCCAUCCUACAUCCUUUGCUUACUAGACAGCGUGCCGAAGUCUAGUCGGCACUCAGCCACCUUAACUACCUGCAACAAAAUAAUAGCCACAGUGACAAGGCGGUCUUCCAUUUGUGCAACAUCUUGAAACAAAUAAAUUGCUUGCUAAAGUA